CGGGGGAGGCGGCUGGGCUGCAGACCGAGCCCUGCUGCCCGCUCCAGCCAUCACUCACACUCUUCUCACGGCCGAGGAAAACACAGCCUGCCAAGAUGUGCAAGGGAUUAGCGGCGCUGCCCCACACGUGCCUGGAGAGGGCCAAGGAGAUCAAGACCAAGCUGGGCACGCUGCUCCAGAAGCCUGACUCGACCAUUGACUUCAUCAUCCCCUACCCCGAGAAGCCGGAGAAGCCACCCAAGGCCCAGAAGCCAUCUCCAGAGGAGGCUCUGCAGUGGCGCGAUUCCUUGGAGAAGCUCCUGCAAAACCCCUAUGGGCUCGCCAGCUUCCGCAGCUUCCUGCGCUCCGAGUUCAGCGAGGAGAACGCCGAGUUCUGGGUGGCCUGUGAGGACUACAAGAAAACCAAGUCCCCUGUGAAGAUGGCAGAGAAGGCCAAAAAGAUCUAUGAGGAGUUCAUCCAGACUGAGGCACCCAAAGAGGUGAACAUCGACCACUUCACCAAGGCUGUGACCAUGAAGAACCUGGUGGAGCCAUCACCAACCACCUUUGACAUGGCCCAGAAGAGGAUCUUUGCCCUGAUGGAAAAAGACUCCCUGCCCAGAUUUGUGCGGUCGGAGUUUUAUCACGAGUUAAUCAAGUAGCAGUGCAGCAGGGCUGUGCGAGGCACCCCCGCUGCUUCUGUCUGAACACCUGCCCCUUCUCCUGCAGCCGCUUUGCUUUCUUCAUGCCACCCUGGGAGAGCACCCAGGGGUGUUGCUAAACACCUUCCCCCAUGCUUUGGACUGUCAAAUGUCCUGGUGUUUCCUCUUUUUCCAGCUUUCUUUCCUCUCCCACAAAAGAUCAAUUUGCAGAAACUCCCUGGAGUUGGGUCCCAGAAGGGUGAGGGAGCAGUCCCAGUCCAGCAGUGGCCAGGAUCCCUGUGCUGUGGAGCUUGGCAUCAGCUGGAGCCUCUGAGGUGCUGACUUUGCCUUCUUGGGACUCCCUAGAACAUGACAAUUUCUCUCUGCUGGUUCGGCCCAGGCUCGUUCCCUCGUCCCAACUUCCCAGGGUGCUGCUCAGGUGCCCUGCAGGUGCUCCCCUCCCUGGCCAAGGUGAGAUGCACACAUCCACUGCCUGCUUGGCACCACCUUCCCUCUCAAGAGCAGCUGCCAGGCACAGGGACAGGGCACAGCAGGGACAGCAGUGACACGUACAGCGAGGAUGGCACUGUGACCAGGAUGGCAGGGACCGCUGUACGGCACAGCCAGGUGCUCCUGGCUGGCACCAGGGCUGAGCAGAGCGAGCCUGGCACCGCCUCCCCGCAGCUCCACUCAGCCUGUUUGCUUCACUCCACAUACAAAAACAAGAGGAUAGAAUGAGACCUGCUGGUCCAAAACACCAGGACUGUUUAGCAGCAGACCUCCUGCUCGCUGCAGCCUUUGCACAGCACCCUGAGCUCCCAGGGCACAUCCUGUGCCCCAUCCUGUGCUCAUCCUGUGCACAGCCCCCGUGGGGUGCAGGGAUGGCAGCUCUGGGGGUGUGCAGGGCUCUCUUGUUUCAGCUGCUUCUCUCUCUGCCAAAGCAAAACUUCUGCACAAACCCAACACAGGGGUGGCCAGCACAUCAGGGAGGGAAAUGAAAGCUGAAAUUCCAGAUAUUCAGAUCCAGUCUGAAAAAUCCAAAGCAAAAACCAAACGCAAACUCAAAAAACCUAACCCAUCAUUGGAAACAUGAAAAAUAACCCCCUGGCUUCUAGAACAGCAUGCAGACCCUGCUGGGUUUAUGUAGCCUGCAUCUCUCUCUCUCUCUGCCCAGGCCAUGUGUUUCCAUAGGCUGUCUCUAAAAAGGAUCAGCUGCUUUCUGAUGGUUUAAAGCCAGCCCUCUGCUAACAGAAUAAAUCACACCUGAAACAGGGCAAGGGCAUACAUGACAAGCAGCCCCCAGGGUCUCCCUUCAGCCCUGAGGGAAAUGUGAUAAACCCCUGCUCCCCAAGGCCUGGAUGGCUCAUCCCCGUGUUGGUUUCCUGCAUCAUCCCCAAGGUCAUGGCUUGCAAAGAGCUGCUUCAGCUUCAACCUGACAGGUGCCAGCAAACAUCCAUGGCCCUGCUGCCCACAGGAUCCCAGGGCAGCCCCCUUGCCCAGGCUGCUCAGCCUCUCUGCAAGUCAUGGCACUCCUUGCAAAAUGCGAUAAUGUAAACAACGCAUUUGCCAGCCUCUUCAAGAUUUGCAAAAUCUGGUCAAAACUCCACCAGCCCCAAAUAUUUACACAUUGUCACUAUGGCGAUGAAGAAAAAUACAUCCCGAGCUGCAGGAAAUGGGCUGUGCUUUCCAGGGAGGAGUGGGGAGGCAGGGGAAGGAUGGAGGCAGUCACAAACGUGACUCCUUUUUUAAAGCUCUGGAGCAAAAGGCCUGGGAAAGUCGGUGCUGGAGCAGCAGGGGUGAUGCUCGCAGGCAUUCCCCUGGGGUGAGUGCAGAGGGUGGCUUGGGUGACCCUAAAGAGCCCAGAGGAGCCCAUGAGCAGCAGGAGGGUCCCAUCAGAAGGGCACAGGACCCCCUGUGGGUGCCCCUGUUCAGCAAAGGGGAGGCAGAAGCAGGGCUGGGUGUGGGAUGCUGCAGGGUGCUCCCCCACCUCUGCCUGCACACACUCCCUGCACCCUCCCAGCUCUCCAUGAACUGGUGUCAAUACAAGUGGGUUCAGCAUGUUUGAGCUCCUCAUUUACAGCGUGACUCAGAAAUGCAAAACCAAACAGGCUUCCCUGCAGAAAGACCUGGAUCUUCCAUUUCUACUUAAUCCCUUGGCAGCUGUUUCCAGAUUGCCUCACAUGUUUCACAGUUAAAUGCUGCCACCGCCAAUGCCAUGAGGUGGGGAUGCUGCUGGAGGCUCUUACCAUGCACCAUCAAACCCUGGGAUGUCCCUGCUGCAGCAGUGGGGCAGGGAGAAGGUGUCUAGGUAUGUAUGUGCUGAAAAGAAAGGAGCAGGCUGGAUUCAGGAGAGAUGAAACAGCUCUGUUGGCAAUCCCUCCCUGGCUCAAUUUCUGCUAAAAUGCUGGAAGUCUACUUUGGGGGCUGCCAGUGAUCCACUGGGUGGCCAGAAAAUGUGGCCACUGAAGUGUUUUGGAGCUCUAGGGAAAUUGUGUUUGUGUAGAAGGGUCAUUUGGCUAAUUACUCAAGCAGGCUUGCCCAGAAAGGUGGCAACACCUGUACCAACCCCAUGGCCCAGCUUUCCACAGGCCCAGAGGUAUUCACUAUUGGGCUGAUGCCAACCAUCAUAUUCCUGGUAGGAGAUACUUCAUGUAUUUUAUCACUCUAGCUCUCGUGAAAUCUGGCAUAUAUAACAGUAUAUAAACACAACAUCUGUACUCCUGUAAUCAUACAUACACAUACACACACAUAUACACUUGUAACAUGGGCAUCUUGCUCCCCCGAGGGUCAGAGAGCCCAAAAGCAGUUUCUGGGUGUGUGCUUGGGGUCCAUCACAGACAGGAGAGUGGGGGCGUUUUGCUGGUCCCAGACCCUCUGGAGGGAAACCUUGGCCAUGCAGCUGAGCAAACACAUCCUCCAGGAUCACCCCUGGCCCCUGGCAGGUCUUGUGCUCCCCGAGGCACCCCGAUCUCUGCCAUGGGGCAAGGCAGCCCCACGCUGCAGCCAGGGCAUGGGGCACCAGGCACUGCCUCCAUGCCCCCUGGCACCCACUCCUGCCACGGGCACGUGUGGGAAAGGGCUCCCUGCAGCUGCAUCCCUCAGAGGAGCACCAGGGGAGGGGUUGAUGUGUGUUUUUUGGUGACUUCAGCGACCUGGAGCCUCAUAAUCACAGGGUGAACCUUGCCCUGUGUGUGCUGAGGCUGGGCUCUGCCAGGGCUGCCCAGGCCCAGACUUGGGCACUGCCAAAGCCUGGUGGUGAGGGUGUCCCAGAGCUCACCCAGGCUCCCCUCACCCCCUGGAGGGUGCUGCAUGCUGUGGCCAAGGGUUGGAGCAAAGGCAGGAGGGCACAUCACCUCCUCACACCUGUGAGCUACAGGUUUUCAGGCUGGAGCUCUCCAUGGGAUUUCCACUGGAGAUGUUCAGGAUGUGAGGUGCUGGUGUGCACCGAGGAGUUGUGUUAACCCAUAUUCAUGUACCACUCAGUAAUCCACAUGUAUUGAACAUGUAAUAAACAUGUAUUUCUGCUACUGUC